AUGGCCAACGCGGCCACUGCCCCUCUCCUAACAAGCAGCCAGGAGGCCGAGCCGGCGAAGGAGCCAUCCAUCGAUGACGUGAUGGAGAUGUACAUCGGCGCCACAGGCAUCCUGCAGCUGCUCAAGGCCGUCCUGGUGGCCUUCGCGUGGGCCUUCGACGCGCAGCAGGUGUUCAUCUCCGCGUUCACGGACGCCGAGCCGCGGUGGCACUGCCUUACUACUGCCUCCGCCGGCGACUCCUCGUGCUCCCCGGCCGCGGCCUCGCCGUGCGCACUCCCGCCCGGCACAUGGGCGUGGGACCGGCCGGGCGAGGCGUCAGUGGUCUCCGAGUGGGCCCUCAGCUGUGCCGGCCCGGCGCUCGUCUCCCUCCCGGCGUCGUCCUUCUUCGCCGGCUGCCUGGCCGGCGGCUUCCUGCUCACGACGCUCGCGGACUCCCUCCUUGGCCGCAAGAAGAUGCUCCUCGUGUCCCUGGUGUCCAUGUCCAUCGCCGCCGUGCUCACCAUCUUCGCGCCCAACGUUUGGGUGUACGCCGCCCUGCGGCUGGUGUCCGGGUUCUUCAGGUCCAUGGUGGGCGCGUGCACGCUGGUGCUGUCCACGGAGCUCGUCGGGAAGAGAUGUCGUAACAUGGUCAGCGCGGCGGCGUUCUUCGGCUUCGCCCUCGGGUUCUUGUCCCUCCCCGCGCUCGCCUACGCGUUCCGCGACGCGUCCUGGCGGAACAUGUACUUCUGGACGUCCGUGCCUUGUCUCUGUUACUCCGUCCUUAUCUACUUCCUAGUCCCGGAGUCGCCACGGUGGCUGCUGGUGCGCGGCCGGAAGCUGGACGCCAUCGAGGCGCUGCGGCAGAUCAUGUCGCUCAACGGCAGCUGCGCAACCGCCAGCUUCUCCCUGCUGGACGGGUGCACCAUGCACGAGGACAACGACGCCGGAGCGAACAGCGGGGGCGUCUUCGCCACGCUGCAGGCUAUGUGGGAGCGGCAGUGGGCGUUCCGGAGGCUGGCCGCGAUCAUGGCGGCGAGCUUCGGCGUGGGGAUGUUCUACUUCGGCAUGCCGCUCAACGUAGGCAGCCUGGGAUCCAACCUCUACCUGAGCGUCACGUUCAACGCGCUAGCCGAGCUGGCGGCGGCCGUCCUCACGUGGCUCCUCAUCAGCCGGAGCGAUAGGCGGAGCUCGGUGAUCGCGCUCACCGCGGCGGCGGGGGCGUGCAGCCUCGCGUGCGUGGCCAUCCCGCGGGGCGCCGCGGCGGCGCGCAUGGCCGCCGAGGUGCUGUCCUUCUUCGCGGCGUGCACGGCGUUCGACGUCCUGCUGAUCUACUCCACCGAGAUGUUCCCGACGUCCGUGCGCAACUCGGCGGUGGGGCUGGUGCGGCAGACGAUGGUGCUGGGCGGCGCUGCGGCGCCCGUGCUCAUCGCGCUGGGCCGCGAGAGGAGCAUCUGGUCGUUCGGCGUGUUCGGGAUUGCCAUCGGCUGCUCCGGCCUCUUCAUCCCGUGUCUACCGGAGACGAGGGGAAAACGCAUGUCGGACACCAUGGAAGAGGAGGAGCGCAACGAGGCCGCCGUGGCGUCUUGCACUGAUAGCAACAGCUACCUCGUGUAA